CCCGUCCAGCUAUGAACAUACAUGUGGAAAGUGUGCACUGACAUCACAUGAUGAUGCAUUCAUUUGUCUUACGUGUUCGGGCUCAUUAAUCGUGACGUACUUCGCAGGUUAAUUUACGAAGGGGUGUGUGUCUGCGAGAGUUCAAAUGCUUUGCUUUAAGCCUCGCUGACAGAGAAACACCGGAAUCAAACGCAACGCGACAGACAAUGAGGAGCAGUCAGUGUGAACGCGCAUCAUCGCACAGCACGAGCAACAGCGCGAGACAUCUGCACCUGAUGCUCGCACUGCUUUUCAUCUCUUUGAUACCAAUCACCAGAAGUGCUCCAGUACUCUUGAAUCAAUCAUCAAUAGAGCAUGACCAGUUAUUAACCCAGAUAACAACCCUCUGCUCAAUUUACCUCGCGGCAGACCAAUCCUUUAGAACAUCUGAUGUUUUGGGGAAUCUGUGUUUCCUAAUGCUGGGAUCACUGCAGAAAUCCAAGGAGAUAACUGCUCGAGAGACCAGCAAAAGGUUUUUAUUUCAUUACACUAAACCGAGUGGUUCUGGAUUAUCACAUGGGACGUCUACUGUAUUGCACCCUCUCCUGGAACUCAUACCCCAGCUUAACAGAAGAAGAAGCAGGAGAAUGAAAUUAAAUGACGACAUUCAAAUACCAGGGCGGAUCCAGAGCAGAGGGUAUUUCCUUUAUCGGCCACGUAAUGGAAGAAGAUCGGCUGAGUAUGUGUAAAACAAUAAAGAAUUCAGUUUCAACAGAACCCACCCUUCAGAUGUGUGAUACCAGAGCAAGAGAACCUAAAACAUCACAUCACUCAUUCCUGAGACCCCCCUUUGUGAUUAUGAUGUCGAAUGUACAGACAGAAUCUAAAUAAAGUAUUUUAUUGGUCAAAACGUCCUGUUUGUAUACCUGUGCACUGUCUUUUGAAUUAAAAGCAUUACAAAAUGUUUCCUCAUUGUGGCAUUGUGAUUUUACAUUUAUGCAUGUGGCUGACGCUUAUAUCCAAAGCAACUUGCGAUGCAUUUAAGGUAUGCUGUACAUCUUAUCCGUAUGUUUUGACCAAAUAGCUUCUACUGUAUAUCUGCAUUGUUGAAGUGUUACCAAAGAGCAAAUAAAAUGUUUAAAUCAGUA